AAAAUAUUAGGCGAGUCGUAGUCAUAUGAUUUGUUGAUAUGCGGUAGUUCUACUUUGUUGAAGAAAACAUUUCAUUGCAAUAAAAUACAAGCACCAUUUUAAAAACAUGCCUGUGGCGAAAAAAGAUGUUGGGAAUUUACUCGAUUCGCUUUACUUAGAAAUGCUGGAUUUAAUAGAGCAACAAACAGCGUGCCGACUCAAUAUUGAACGAUUAAUGAAUAGUGGCCAGUUGAUGCUUGCUAAAACACGUUACCUUCAAGGUUCACAAACUAUCAGUUCUGCGCAAAUUCCAACGGAAAAUAGUAAUAAGUUUUAUGCACUUUGUGAAGUAAAAGAAGAACGAAACGAGUCGAAUGUUUCAGGUGCUGAGUACACUAUGAACCGGCAUGCUAUUAAGAAAGAUGAAGGAUUUGUCGAGCCAAUGCACUGGUUCACGGUAUUGCCGCCAAGCAGCCUACGAGCCGCAUCCGAACAGUUCAAAACAUGUUUAGAUUUUGUGUUGGAAAGUGCCAACCUACAACGUGAGCUUCUCGCUGUUAUGGAAAAUAUCAAAAGGCUAAAAAACAUUGGUAUAUAACAGAAAUCAGUUGCUAACAUUUUUAAUGUGGUAUUAACGUUUAAAAUAAAAUAACAUUAGUGUAAAAACAAUA